UGCAACCGGUCCGAAGCCGCCGUCCACAUCUGCAACCCUCCCGCGGCUCCUGGAGAUCCGGACCCUGCCCAGGGCGCGGGGCGGAGCGGGCAUGGCCUGCCCAGGGACCGCCUCGCGGGCGCUGGCCCUGGCACUCGUGGCUGUGGCCUUGGCCGGGGUCAAAGCCCAGGGCUCAUCCCUCGAGGAGCCCGGCUACUACGAACAGGAACUUUGGAGACCCGGGCGCUACAAUGAGCGCCCAGAGCCGCAGCCAGAGCCCUCCUCGCCGCUGCCCAAAGGCCCCGGGGAGGAGGAGGAGGAGGGGGAGGAGGAGCGGGAGCUGCACCCGCAGGAGCCCAGGCCUCCCAAGAGGGCGAUCAAGCCCAAGAAGGCGCCCAAGAGGGAGAAGCUAGCGGUAGAGACGCCUCCACCAGGUAAAAACAGGAACAGAAAAGGCAGAAGGACCAGGGGUCCAGAGAAGGAUGCCCGUGAUGACCAUGGUGUCUCGGUAGCCCACGAGACUGUCAGAGAGAGUUGCCCACCUCUUGGUCUGGAAACUUUAAAAAUCACAGACUUCCAGCUGCACGCCUCCACAGCGAAGCGCUACGGCCUGGGAGCGCAUCGGGGGAGACUCAACAUCCAGGCAGGCAUUAACGAAAACGACUUUUAUGAUGGGGCAUGGUGUGCAGGCAGGAACGACCUCCAUCAGUGGAUUGAAGUGGAUGCCCGGCGCCUCACCAGGUUCACCGGGGUCAUCACCCAAGGAAGGAACUCGCUGUGGCUGAGUGACUGGGUAACAUCCUAUAAAGUCAUGGUGAGCAAUGACAGCCACACAUGGGUCACUGUGAAGAAUGGAUCUAGUGACAUGAUAUUUGAAGGGAACAGUGAAAAGGAAAUCCCUGUGCUGAAUGAGCUGCCUGUCCCCAUGGUGGCCCGCUACGUGCGCAUAAACCCGCAGUCCUGGUUUGAUAACGGCAGCAUCUGCAUGAGGAUGGAGGUGCUGGGCUGUCCGUUGCCAGAUCCUAAUAACUAUUAUCACCGACGCAAUGAGAUGACGACCACUGAUGACCUGGAUUUUAAGCACCACAACUAUAAGGAGAUGCGCCAGUUGAUGAAGGUUGUGAAUGAAAUGUGCCCUAAUAUCACCAGGAUUUACAACAUUGGCAAAAGCCACCAGGGCCUGAAGUUGUAUGCUGUGGAGAUCUCUGAUCAUCCUGGGGAGCAUGAAGUUGGUGAGCCCGAGUUCCACUACAUCGCAGGGGCCCAUGGCAAUGAGGUGCUGGGCCGCGAGCUGCUGCUGCUGCUGCUGCAGUUCCUGUGCCAGGAGUACCUAGCGCAGAACACACGCAUCGUCCGCCUGGUGGAGGAGACCCGGAUCCACAUCCUGCCCUCCCUCAACCCAGAUGGUUAUGAGAAGGCCUGUGAGGGGGGCUCUGAGCUGGGAGGCUGGUCCCUGGGACGUUGGACUCAUGAUGGGCUCGACAUCAACAACAACUUUCCAGAUUUAAACACGCUGCUCUGGGAGGCAGAGGACCGGCAGAAUGUCCCAAGGACAGUCCCCAACCAUUACAUUGCCAUCCCUGAGUGGUUUCUGUCUGAAAAUGCCACGGUGGCCAUGGAGACCAGAGCGGUCAUUGCCUGGAUGGAGAAGAUCCCUUUUGUGCUGGGUGGUAACCUGCAGGGGGGUGAGCUGGUGGUGGCAUACCCCUAUGACAUGGUACGGUCCCCGUGGAAGACCCAAGAACACACCCCAACACCUGACGAUCAUGUGUUCCGCUGGCUGGCCUACUCCUAUGCCUCCACUCACCGCCUCAUGACAGAUGCCAGGAGGCGAGUGUGCCACACGGAAGACUUUCAGAAAGAGGAGGGCACCGUCAAUGGGGCUUCUUGGCACACCGUGGCUGGAAGUCUGAACGACUUCAGCUACCUCCACACGAACUGCUUUGAGCUGUCCAUCUACGUGGGUUGUGAUAAAUACCCACAUGAAAGCGAGCUGCCCGAAGAAUGGGAGAAUAACCGGGAAUCUCUGAUUGUAUUCAUGGAACAGGUUCAUCGAGGCAUCAAAGGCAUGGUGCGAGACUUACAUGGAAAAGGAAUCCCAAAUGCCAUCAUUUCUGUGGAAGGCGUCAACCAUGACAUCCGGACAGCCAGCGACGGGGAUUACUGGCGCCUACUGAACCCUGGAGAAUAUGUGGUCACCGCAAAGGCUGAAGGCUUCACCUCCUCUACCAAGAACUGCAUGGUCGGCUACGACAUGGGAGCAACACGGUGCGACUUCACCCUCGGCAAGACCAACCUGGCCAGGAUCAGAGAGAUCAUGGAGAAGUUUGGGAAGCAGCCUGUCAGCAUACCCCCCAGGCGGCUGAAGCUGAGGGGACGGAAGAGGCGCCAGCGUGGGUGACUUCCUUGGACAUUUGAGAUGCACCCCAGACUGCAAAUGAAUCCAGUAGUAGCUCUGUAGCAGACUGGCUCACUGUUGUAUUGUCUGUAAUUCAAGAGACACCCAGUAACGUGUGUGCUUGGCUUGGCUGGUCCCAAAGGGGAGGGCUGGCGGCUUAGGGUGUUUCCUUUUUUGUUCUCAUUUAUCCAAAUACCUUGGACAGAGCAGCAAAGGAAGGCUGGUGGGAGUGAGAGAAUUCAGCAAAUCAACCUGGGAAUCCAAGAGAUGGGCUUGCCCACUCAGAGUCCUCUAUCUGAGGAAAGAGAAAACAGGGCCUCUCCUGUUUGCGUGACAUGCAGGGUUCCCUGCACGUCUGUAAAUGGCACAACUGACAUUUCUGUACCCUGGGAACCCCUGUCACCAUUUGAGAUACCCUCAGGCAGUCUAAAAACAUCCGUUUCUCUGGCCCCGGGGACAAUACAAGCUGCUACAAAUACACUCUGCUUUCUGUUGACAAUAGAACCAUUACUGAAUCAGCAUCAGUGAGCCAGGAAUCAGCUCAAUUUCCCUUCCCAAGGAAGGCUGCCUUCUUAGGAGGGGAGAGAAGCAGGAGAGCAUUCAAGACUAAUUGCUGGGCAGCAGGCCUCAAGGGGCUUGUUGUAUGCAAGCUGGGACCCCAGAGAGCCCCCAAACUCCCUGCUGGCCCAUUAGGGGUGGGGAUAGCCAGAGGGACCAGCUUCCUAAUGAGGCCAGAGCAGUCAGCUGGGGUCUCCUUCUGGCCAGUAAGGCCUUGAAAGAAGAGUCUGACCUACAGAUCUCUGUGCAUGACAGGCCCAAGAUGGCUCCCAUCAGAAGGGAGUUAUGAUAGACAUGUGGAAGGCCGCGUCCUCCAAAUCAGGCCUCGUCUGAUGAAACAAAUUUUACCAUUACCUGGGGCACAUCUGUUUGGGAGGAGUUAUUGACCGACUAUGAGAAAGAACAGUGUGGCUCAUCUUUAUCCAUCCUGCUGCCUCGUUGACCUGGGGAGAAUGAAAAUAAAUAAAUAAAGCAAUG